AUGAUGUAUGCUCUUUAUUUGUCAGCAUACCAUGAGCGGAAAUUCUGGUUUUCCAACAGGCAGGAGCUUGAACGAGAAAUCACAUUCCAGGGUGACAGUGCCAUUUAUUACUCUUAUUAUAAAGAUAUGUUAAAGGCUCCUUCAUUUGGAAGAGGUGUUUACGAACUGACACAUAAUAAUAAAACUGUAUCUCUGAGGACUAUAAAUGCAGUGCAACAAAUGUCUCUAUAUCCAGAACUUAUAGCCAGUGUUUUAUAUCAAGCAACUGGUAGUAAUGAGAUUAUUGAGCCAGUAUACUUCUAUAUUGGUAUUGUUUUUGGAUUGCAAGGAAUAUAUGUUACUGCUUUAUUUGUUACAAGUUGGCUUAUGAGUGGAACCUGGCUAGCAGGAAUGCUUACUGUUGCAUGGUUCAUUAUUAACAGGGUAGAUACAACAAGAAUUGAAUACUCCAUUCCUUUAAGAGAAAACUGGGCACUACCAUAUUUUGCAUGUCAAAUCGCUGCACUUACCGGCUAUUUAAAAAGCAACUUAAAUACUUAUGGAGAGAGGUUUUGCUACUUAUUGAUGAGUGCUUCAACUUACAUGUUCAUGAUGAUGUGGGAGUACAGCCACUACCUCUUGUUUCUUCAAGCAAUAUCUCUGUUCUUGCUAGAUAAUUUUUCAUUGGAGCACAGUGACAAGAUUCAUGAAGUUUAUAAAAUCUAUAUAUUUUCUCUGUUUCUGGGAUAUUUACUGCAGUUUGAGAAUUCAGCUUUAUUGGUGUCGCCUUUAUUAAGUUUAAUAGUAGUCUUAAUGCUUGUUAAGUGCCUUCAGCCAAAUGUGAAGAAAAGAACUUUUGUAGCUAAAAUAAUGAAAGUUAUUAAUUUUCAUUUGGUGUGUACUCUCACAGUAACAUUGAAUAUUAUAAUGAAGGCGUUUGUCCCACACAAAGAAAAUGAGCACAUGCUGAAAUUCCUUGAAGUGAAACUUGGACUAAAUAUGUCUAAGAAUUUCACAAUGAAUUGGCUCCUAUGUCAAGAAUCCCUACAGGCACCAUCUCAAGAAUUUUUUUUGCGAUUGACACAGUCUUCUUUACUACCUUUCUAUAUUUUAGUGUUAAUUAUUUGUUUUCUUUCUAUGGUGCAAGUUAUUUUUAGGAGAUUUAAUGGCGAGUCCCUGGAAGAAACUGCUACUCUUGAAGACGGACGAAUUGGAGAAAGGCCAGAAGUAAUUUAUCAUGUGAUUCACACCAUCUUUUUUGGUUCUCUUGCAAUGAUUAUAGAAGGCUUGAAAUACCUCUGGACUCCUUAUGUAUGCAUGUUAGCAGCAUUUGGAGUAUGUUCUCCUGAACUUUGGACGACACUUUUCAAGUGGCUUAGAUUACGAACUGUACACCCUGUGUUGUUGGCUCUUAUUCUGAGCAUGGCUGUGCCCACUAUAAUAGGUAUCAGCUUAUGGAAGGAGUUUUUUCCAAGAUUAAUGACAGAAUUAACUGAACUACAAGAAUUCUAUGACCCAGAUACAGUGGAACUUAUGACCUGGAUAAAAAGGCAAGCUCCAGUUGCAGCUGUGUUUGCAGGGAGUCCACAGUUGAUGGGUGUGAUUAAAUUAUGCACUGGAUGGAUGGUGACAAGCUUGCCUCUUUACAAUGAUGAUGAUCUUCUCAAGAGGAAUGAAAAUAUCUAUCAAAUCUAUUCAAAGCGAUCUGCAGAGGAUAUUUAUAAAAUACUGACGUCUUACAAAGCGAAUUACCUAAUUGUAGAGGAUGCUAUCUGCAAUGAGGUGGGAACCAGGAGAGGCUGUAGGAUUAAAGAUUUAUUAGACAUUGCAAAUGGCCAUGUGGUUUGUGAAGAGGGUGACAAGUUAACCUACUCAAAAUACGGGCGAUUUUGUCACGAGGUCAAAAUUAACUAUUCUCCAUAUGUGAAUUAUUUCACUAGAGUGUAUUGGAACAGAUCCUACUUUGUAUAUAAAAUCAACACUGUGAUAUCCUUUCAGUCUUGA